CUUCAUCUUCCCCUAAUACCGAUCCCCACUCACGCCGACGCGUCUCUGCCCCGACGCAACCCCGACGCCAUAGUCUCCGAUCGAGCCGGUGCUGUUCCGCUGACCGAGCCCCUCCUCCACCGAUCGCUGGAGUUCAGCCGGUGGUUCUUCUUCUUGAACCGUUGUUCCUGCACGGGUAAAUCGUUCGUUAAGAGGGGUUCGAGCCCUAGAUUUGAUCUAUCGCCGCCGCACCUCUGCACAUCGCAGUUCCGACCACCGGACCGUGCUACUCUAGCCAAUCUGUGCCCUAGUUGCGGUGUCACCCUAUCAUCUGCCUCGGCUUACCAUCACAGCGGUAUUCCGACUCUCCGUGAGAGAUCUCGGAUCUGAUAAGGGCUCCAACGAGGAGAUUGGCCGCGGGUGGCUAGCCGCUGCCACCAGAUCCUUUGCUCCGGCUAGUUCUCUAGCUCUAGCGUCAGUGUUGGACCUUUAUCUUGGGUUCGACGUGAGGUUUCUGGCCUGGAUCUCCUAAAGAGCGCAGUUCCAGCCAAACAACUCUGUUCCGGUCAAUUUCUCUUUUGAUUUCCUGACAUGGGAAAGUUGAACUGCUGAUCAGAAUUCCAAGUAAUUGUUUUGAGCUGAAUAUGAAGCACAUUCUAAAGAUCUUGGCUUUACUGGUUGUUGUUGCUGCUACUUGGAUCACCUUACUUGAAACAUCAGUAGUUCCUCAUCACUACACUUGGCUGCUUCCAGUUUAUUUAGUCGUCUCAUUAGGCUGUUAUGGCCUUCUUAUGGUAGGAGUUGGUUUGAUGCUGUUUCCAACAUGUCCCCAGGAAGCUGUACUUUUGCAGAAGGAUAUUGUAGAAGCCAAGGAGUUCUUGGGACGAAGAGGGGUGGAUGUGCGUUCUGAUUAAAGUGACUUUCAUCAUUCAUCACUCAUCAGUUCAUGUUGCUUCUUCAUUCAUCUCGGUACGGUCUCCAGCUCCAUAGAUUUGCCCUUUCUCUGUCAUUCUAUGUAUUCAUGCAGGAUGAAAUUUACACAUUUCAAGAUAAUGUUAACUCAUUUUGUGUCCAUUCUUGUUUUCUCUA